UGCCCAAUGGGGGCAGAGGCGGGGCGCUAUUUGAAGCGGAGGGCGGCGCGCUGGGGCCGUAGCUGUGUCAAACGCCGGCGGGUGUGGGAGUCGCUCUCGCAGCCAGCCCGUGUCCCGUGCAGAGCUGCCGCCCUCAUGGCGCUGGUCCGGCGCGCUGCGAUUACUAGAGGGGUGGAAAAUGCUGGGACAGGACUUAACAACAAAGGCAAAAGUCAAGUAACUAACAAAAGGGCUGCUCUGGAAGAGAUUGGAAAUAAAGUUACAAUCAGAGGAACAUAUAUAGCCAAGAAAACAGAUAGCUUCAAAGUACCUAUAAAAACUACAAAAGGAGCUACUAAGCCGGUAAAUAUAACUGCACAACCUAAACCUCCAGUUGCAGUGAAUUUAACACUCAAAGAAGAUCCUGUUCCAAAGAUUCUGUCUCCAACCCCUAUGGAUGUGUCCAUGAAAGAAGAGGACCUAUGCCAAGCUUUCUCCGAUGUUCUGCUUAACAACAUAGAGGAUAUCGAUGCUGAUGAUUGGGAAAACCCUCAACUAUGCAGUGAUUAUGUAAAGGAUAUUUAUCUGUAUCUGAGGCAGCUUGAGUUGCAGCAAUCAGUACGUCCAUACUAUCUCAACGGGAAGGAGAUUAAUGGGCGUAUGCGUGCAAUUCUAGUUGACUGGCUGGUUCAGGUCCACUCAAGAUUUCAGCUCUUGCAGGAAACACUGUACAUGUGUGUUGCUGUUAUGGAUCGUUUCUUACAAAUUCAUCCUGUAUCGCGUAAGAAGCUUCAGCUGGCAGGUGUUACAGCAUUGCUUCUUGCCUCAAAGUAUGAGGAGAUAUUCUCCCCUAAUAUUGCGGAUUUUGUCUACGUCACUGACAAUGCGUACUCUAGUGCUCAGAUCAGAGAGAUGGAAAUGAUGAUUCUUAAGGAACUGAACUUUGAUUUGGGACGCCCUCUGCCACUUCACUUCUUAAGAAGAGCAUCAAAAGCUGGAGAAGCUGAUGCUGAGCAACAUACGUUAGCUAAAUACCUGAUGGAGCUGACACUCAUAGACUAUGAUAUGGCACACCAUCCUCCUUCAGAGAUAGCAGCUGCUGCCUUAUGCUUGUCUCAAAAGGUUCUGGGGCAAGGCAAAUGGGGUGUAAAGCAGCAGUUCUACACUGGAUAUGCAGAAGACAGUCUUACACUAAUAAUGCAACAUAUGGCCAAGAAUGUAGUAAAAGUAAACAAGAAUUUAACAAAAUACACUGCUGUAAGGAACAAGUAUGCAAGCAGCAAGCUCAUGAGAAUCAGCACAAUUCCUCAGCUGAACUCCAAAACAGUCAGAGACCUAGCUUCAUCACUCAUGGGAUAAUCCUAGGUAGACAAUUUCUGCUCCAUGCACUUUGUCAACAUAUGCCUAUUGAGGCAGAACUGCUGCUUUUUGUACAUAGCCUUCCAAUCUUAGCACAGACACCUCAGACUGUGAAAGCAAACUUUUAAGACUUGACCUCUACUCUUCUAUACCUAGAAAUAAAGCUCCUUUUCUAAAAAA